AUGGUGCAUCGCAUAUUGGGAGAGCGCCCUGCACUGGAAGUGAUCAGGGGGAGCGGUUUGCGAUGCAAAUGGUUGGUUCAGACCUUCUCGCAUCUCCCCGGAGAUGCUGAUGAGGCCACCAUUUCGAGGUACGCCAAGGCGUACCUCUUAUACUUGAUAGGAGCUGUGUUGUUUGUCGAUAAAACAAACAACCAAAUACAGCUCCUGUACUUAACCUUACUUGACGACACGUGGGAGCGCAUCGGCGAGUAUAGCUGGGGCUCAGCAGCCCUUGGAUACCUAUAUAGGAGACUAUGUGGUGCUGCUCAAAAGAAUGUCAAGGAGAUUGCGGGGCCAAUAGUAAUAUUACAGAUGUUGUGUACGGUUCGAGGUGGAAUUUUGCAUGCCGGACGCGCAAGCACACCGACAGCGGUCUAG